UCUGGCAAUGUUGAACAUCUGUCACACAUAUGUCUGUUUUUUGUUGUUAGAAUUCUGAACUGAAAUUUUAGAUAAAAAUAAGAAACGCCUAUUGACCUACCUAAUUAACCAAAAAUGACUGACAUAGAUAAAUGGAUAGAAGUCGCAAAAACAUGUAAAUAUUUGCCUGAAGAUGAUUUACGAGAAUUGUGCAAUAUCGUAUGCGAUUUGUUGCUUGAGGAGCCAAAUGUGCAACCGGUUCAGACUCCAGUAACCGUCUGCGGAGAUAUUCAUGGCCAGUUUUAUGAUUUAGAGGAACUGUUUAACCGAGGAGGUCAAGUGCCACAAACAAAAUAUAUAUUUAUGGGAGAUUAUGUUGACCGUGGAUACUACAGCUUAGAAACAUUGACCUUACUUAUGGCAUUAAAAGCCAGGUACCCUGACAGGAUUAUUCUGUUAAGAGGGAACCAUGAAACAUGCCAAAUCACAAAAGUGUAUGGUUUCUAUGAUGAAUGUCUAAAUAAAUAUGGAAAUGCAAAUGCUUGGAAAGACUGUUGUAGAGUUUUUGAUUUACUCACAGUAGCAGCUUUAAUAGAUGAUACAGUUCUAUGUGUCCAUGGUGGACUGUCCCCAGAAAUAUCAAUGUUAGACCAGAUUCGCUGCAUUGAUAGAAACCAACAAAUUCCACACAAAGGAGCAUUCUGUGAUUUACUGUGGUCAGACCCUGCAGAUGUUAAAAUGUGGUCAGUGAGCCCUCGAGGUGCUGGGUGGUUAUUCGGAAGAUAUGUGACAGAAUUAUUCAUGAAUUAUAACAAUUUGAAUUUAAUAUGUAGAGCCCAUCAGCUUGUAAAUGAAGGUUACAAAUAUAUGUUCGAUACACGAUUGAUUACCGUCUGGUCAGCUCCUAAUUACUGUUAUCGUUGUGGUAAUAUAGCUGCCAUAUUAGAAUUCGAGACUGUAAACGACAGAACUGCUAAAUUAUUCCAAGCAGUGCCCGACAGUGAGAGAGAAGUACCACCGCAACAUACUACUCCAUACUUUCUUUAAUUAUAAGUGAAGUGAUAAAGUCGUUCGUACUCAUAAGACAAUGAAAGUAUUCCCAAUUGUAAUUAUAAAUAUUUUGUAAAAUGAAUUGUUGAAUAAUUAUGUUGUAUUAAAUUCUUUAUAUAUAAAAA